GCAGUAGGCCGGUUUCGCCCACCGGAAGCCCGGCGCGUUUCAAGGGAUUUCCAGUGUUGUGGCGGAGCGUACAGACUUCGGCGUCUUCUCGGCAGCCCACGGGAAGCGGGAAGGCGCUUCUGAGCCCGCGAACCGACGGCGGAAGUGGAAGCAGAAAGCCCUUCCUCAAGUGUCUAGAGCUCAGAGAUGCGGCCCAGGGGAGGGAACUGUAGCUAGGUCAGGAGGCCGUGCUUGCUGUUGCUUCCAGAUCCCAUGUCAGCACCGAGUCCUCAGAUGCUGGUGGCAGCGGCUCAGCAGACCCUGGGCAUGGGAAAGAGACGGUGCCCACCCCGAGCCGUCUGCCUUCACCUUGCUGGAGAGGUGCUGGCUGUGGCCCGGGGACUGAAGCCAGCUCUGCUCUAUGAUUGCAGUUGUGCAGGGGCAUCAGAGCUCCAGAGCUAUCUGGAGGAACUGCGGGGCCUGGGCUUCUUGACCCAGGGACUUCACAUCCUUGAGAUUGGAGAAAACAGCUUGAUUGUCAGUCCUGAACACGUAUGUCCGCACUUGGAGCAGGUGCUGCUUGGUACCAUAGCCUUUGUGGAUGUUUCCGGCUCCCAGCCUCACCCUUCUAUUUGCUCCUUGGACCAGCUUCAGGAUUUGAAGGCCCUAGUGGCUGAGAUCAUCACGCAUUUGCAAGGGCUACAGAGGGACCUAUCCAUGGCAGUCUCCUGCAGCAGACUUCGUUCCUCAAACUGGAAUCUCUGUACUGUGUUUGGGAUCCUCCUGGGCUAUCCUGUUCCGUAUACCUUUCAUCUGAACCAGGGAGAUGACAACUGCUUAGCCCUGACCCCACUCCGGGUGUUCACUGCCCGGAUCUCAUGGCUGUGUGGUCAUCCCCCAGUCUUGCUCUAUUCCUUUAGUGUCCCAGAGAGCUUGUUCCCAGCCCUGAGGGAGAUUCUGAAUACUUGGGAGAAGGACCUUAGAACUCGAUGUAGGACUCAGAAUGACUUUGCUGACCUGAGCGUCUCCUCUGAGAUAGUCACGCUGCCAGCAGUGGCUCUCUGACUUUAACUCUUCUCUCAUGUAGAAGGUACUCAGUAAAUGAUCAGCUCUAGCUCAGCGAUGGCAUCGCAAGUACCAAUUCCGAGCAUCUUGAGAACACUAGGGAAAAAUGCUGUUACCAGUUGUCCGCAUCGCAGCAGGCAUGGGAGUAGUGGUGGUGGCGUUGGUCGUACGUAUUUGCCAUUUCUAUGCUAGGGAGUCCUCUUUGCUGAGAUAUCUGUUGAUUUUUCACUGGAGAGGAGGUAGAAGAAAAGAGAUUGUGGAGAAGGGUGGUGGAGGACAAGUGUAUACUCUUGUGUGGUAGCUGUAAAUAUACCUGCCCUCGUGGGUAGUGUCUGCCAGGAAGUAGAGGACUAGGUAGGUUUUACUGCAUGUUUAUAUACCACCAGCUGAAUUGGACUAGGGAGAGGAGACCAGGAUGCCCAAAUGUCUUAUGUUUGUGAUGUGACAUGUCAUUCAGGGGUACACUAAGAGUUCUGAGGAACAGAGACUAUUAGGUGAAGUUUGUUUAUUUUACAGUAGGUUAAAAAAAUAAAGUCAGAAAUCUCAGGUGGUAAAACCCACACUUUAAAGUAUGUCAGCCUGCUGAGUUUCUUAUUGAGUUUCUUGCUUCAGAUUUUCACCCAAGCAGCUGUCACAAGUGAGUCAGAUCAUCAGGCUGUCCUUGUUGGCCAGGAACACUGCCAGUGCGAUAGCAAUCAUUACCAUCAGCAUCGAGAGCCAUCGGCCACAUUGCCUCUGUGAGGAGGGGGUGGGGGAGAGAAAGAGGCCAUGGGUUGUUUGGAGAAGGUACAGGGAAAAAUUAUCUUCCUUCUUCCCAUCCUAGCCCAGUGGAAAACCUUGGGUCAAAAAAGGAGAAAAAGCUUUUUAUAUCACUGUCUGUCUCACUUGGUCACUUCCUUUGGGAUAAAACCACUCUACUGCUGGUCACUGGCCCCUAAGCCAGGAUCACUGGCUUAGGGAACCAUACCCAGCAAGGGCCAAAUACUUAAAUACUGAUAAGAAUAAUCAAGGAUGAAAAAUAACGCAGCAAAAUUAUAUUAUUCUCUAUUCGUAUUCCUUAGUACUUUUGCUCUCCUCACUCUUGCCACUAGCUCAUAAUAGGCUAAAAGAACACCACUUCGUACUUUAGCUAAUAGUGAGUCUUUCCCUGUAGGCUCUAGAGUUCCAUGAAAAUUAGGCUUGGAUGCAUAAGCCAGUGUUUGCUGACACUUGCUAUACUGUCAAGUUAUAUAAACCAAGUUGAAUGGAACAGGCUGGCCAGAUGUUGGCACAGGCUGAUAAACUUUAUCUGCAAGAUUUGGCCGAAGGAGGAACCGUCCCACCAUCAUCCAGGGCGAUACGGGAGGAUUGACCCUCUUACUCUGGGAGGCGACUGUUGGCUCUGGUUCAGCUCUUCUCGACAGUGCUGCAGCUUACGUAGGCAGGACAGAUACUCGUCACUGAGGUUGUCUAACUCCGAAUGCAGUUCUCUGCACUGGGGGGAGAAUACCACCAACGUCAUCACUACCAGUUCCUUCUGGGACAGAGACCAGGUCAGGGUGAGGGCCCCGUGUGAGUUACUCCUUCAUUCGUUUGGAAUUUUUACCACCAUCCUCCCUUCCCAGCCUUUCUCAGAGGUUUCAGUUUGCCUUUUGACUGUCUUACCUAGUUUGUCUGGAAUGUGUUCAUUUAAAUGAUUGAUUAUAAUGCAUAUUAUAAUAUUACAUAUUAUACAUGUCAGUGCUCUCACGUGAUUGUGAAUGUGCAAGAGCUUUGUAAAUGGGGGCACCAAAAAAUGAAGUUCUUCUACACAAAAGACCUGGGGGUGAUCUUAGUACAAGCAUCUUCACCGGGAUAUAGUUGAGUUGCAUGUGAAUACUUCUGGGGAUAUGUAUGUUUCCGAGUCUGUAGAUGGAAAGAGUUUUAUUAUUUAAAAGACACUAUAUGUAUAAAGUUUUAAGAUAACUGUAGGACAAAGUUUGAGGGGUUAAUAUGUUUAUUAAAUGUGUUUGAGUUUAGGUUGACUUUACAAAAGGUAACUAUUUGAUAAAACCUUGAAUAGCAGUUAGUAUAAAUGAAGAAGGGAAAAGAUUGACAAAUUAUCCCACAAGCAAAGACAUUUUAUAAAGGCAGAUGAAUACCUGCUGGCAUCCAGUCACGAUUUAAACUUUGAAAUCUUUGCUCUCUGGCUGCCUCCCAGCAGUUUUCCCUACCAUUGUGGGAUGAUCCCCUCACUAUCUUUUUUUUUUUUUUUAAGAUUUUAUUUAUUUGACAGAGACACAGCAAGAGAGGGAACACAAGCAGGGGGAGUGGAAGAGGGAGAAGCAGGCUCCCCGCUGAGCAGGGAGCCCGAUGCAGGGCUCAAUCCCAGGACCCUGGGAACAUGACCUGAGCUGAAGGCAGAUGCUUAACGAUGAGCCACCCAGGCGCCCCGAUCCCCUCACUAUCUUGAGGUCACCAUCUCACCUCUUUUUCCUUGGCCUGGAGCUGCAAAGUCUUCUUUUGCAGCUGGUCUCUGAAAUCCCAUUCUUUCUCCUUCCCUGUACCCUCAGGUUCCAUUUCAUUAUGGGAGGGCUUUGGACUCCACACAGGCAAAGCCUGAUCUAAAAAAGCAGCCAGAUUCUCAGUGAUGGUGAGGUCCAUACCUCUGAGGGACGGCCCUAUCACUGAGAGAACUCUGGAGUGAGGGGAAGGGAGGAGAGGGAACAAGGGAGGACCUGUCCCUGAUGAGACUGCAGAGUAGAAUUCUCUCACUUCCUCCCAUUGGGACCCUGCUCAGUCUUGACACAGAGCUGGAAAUCGAGCCCCUUGCAGGCAAGGUUGGCAUCUUACUUUUCUUUGUAUCCCUAGUCCUGUUUAAUGGCAUAUAUUUCUAGAGAAUACUUACUAAUUCAUUUUCUUUUGUGGCAUUUCUAGUAGGUUUGCUGGUUGCUUCAAUAUAACUAACCCCUUCUCCCUUCUGGCCUCAUUUCAGUCUUGAGAAUGGCCGUCCAAUCCUAGAAUUCAUCUUCCUGUGGUUAAAGAUGGCUCUGAGCCACGUGGCAGCCUUAGUCUUGGUGAAGAGAGCACUGAACUAGGAGUCAGAAAUUCUGGAUUGUUGUCUUAGCUGUAUCCUUAAUUCUUAUGACUGUAGACUUUUCAUUUUCUUGCCCAUUCUAUGUGGGUAUCAUAAUUCCUGCCUUAUCUUUUACAUAGUGAUUGUGAUGAGAAAACAAAAGUUUUCUUUUGUUAUGCACAUGAAAAGAAAGUUUCUUAUGCACAUGGAGUGCAUAAGUGAGGAACUUCCCCCUCUAACCCCCAUACAUGAUGAAUUCUUCUCAGGGAGCUGAGGCAGCAGAUUCUUGAGGGCUAAGAGUGAGGUGACUGUUGCAUGCAACAUGGUGUGGACUUGGGGAGUUGGAUGUGACUUAGAAGGUCAAAGUGUAAAAAUUGACAUUAAAUCCUGAGUUCAAAAUCAAUUUAUUGAAAUGUUCAACACAGACAUUGGUUUUCAGAGAGAGUAGAAAUUCUUUUCACAGUUUAUAUACCUCUUAGGAUAGGAGGCUAACUGGUUAAAGUGUUCUCAAAGCCAAUGAUCAGUCCUUAAAAAGCUCCCCUGGAUCCCUGCCUUAACAGACUCCUAGAACUUUCUGGGACUCCCAAGAGGUCAUGUAGUCCAUCCCCUGCUUCUAGGCAGGCAAGGAAAGAUCACUAGCUUAGAGUUUGUGGAAGUAAAUUUGCUGACCUUUCUUUGUUAAGAGUUUCUCCUGUUCUUGAAGCUGUAAGGAUUGAUUCUGGAGCAGACCUGUGGGAAAACACAAGGAACUUGUCUGUACUAGUGCAUCUACUGCAAACAGUGUCUUUUCAGAACUUUGCUUCAAACCUUAAUUAUUCAAGAUGUUCCCAUCUGUUAUUGGUUGAAUUGUGUCCCUCCCCACCAAACUCAUAGGAAGUCCUAACCCCUAGUACUUCAGAAUGUGACCUUAUUUGGAGAUAGGUUCUUUACAGAGGUAACCAAGUAUUUUAGAACGUUAGAGUGGGCCCUAAUCUCAUAUGACUGGUGUCCUUACGAGAAGGGGAAAUUUCAACACAGAACUAGAUAGAAGACAUCUGAAGAAACAUAAGGAGAAGAAAGCCAUCUACAAGCCAAGGAAAGUGGCCUGGAACACCUCCUGUCUUCAAAACCCUCAGAAGGAAUCAGCCCUGCCCACACCUUGACCUUGGACUUGUAGCCUCCAGAACAAAAUAAAUUUCUGUUUUUUAAGUCA